AAAAAAAAAAAAAUUACUAUGGAACCUGUUUUGGUCAGAUCCUAAUCUAUAAUCUAGAUUAUUUCUGCAGUCCAGUCAAAACAAACAAAACCCUAAAACAGCCGAUAGCUCACAGGUUACUGUAGGAGAAAUUCCUGAUUUACUUUGUAAUUUUCAGAUAAUUCACCUUCUGUUUAAGAAGUAAAAUCUCCCUCUGUACAUUUUUACUUGUCCCAUCAAUCUUAUCCAAUCCCAUUGGCAAGAGUAGGGGGUGGCAUAUGAAAGGCUGGAAAGGAGAGGGGGUUGGAGAAAGAUCUAGGUUGAGUUCUAGCUGUACCACUUACCAACUCUGUCUCUUUAGGCAAAUCACUGAAGAGGAGACGAGGAACUUGAAGAUACGGUUUAAAUGAUUGCAGUACCCGUGCUAAAUAAGAAACUGAAUAAGGCUCUUAAGAUGGCUGAUAAAUAAGAGGAAAACAGAGGGCUCAAAAGACUAGGAUUUGAUAGCAUUUGAAGAACAGUCACCAUGGGAGUGAAGGCAUGAAACUGCUCUAUUAACUGGAAGGUAUUAGUUUAAGAGUUUAAUUAAUUUAAGGGACUCUGCAGAGUUUGGGUAGCUGCUGAUGAUAAAGUAUAAGUGAGAGCAUCAGAGUGAAAUGCUAGAGUGGAAUGAGGUCAUGGGGGUUGAGGUGGGCGAGAAUGCUGUUUGGGAAGGGCUUUAACUUUGAGCUCACCCAGAAUAAUUGUGGUGUUGGGGAGUGGAUGUGAAAGUAGCUUGUGAGCUAAGAAUGCAGAUCUUCAGGGACUAGUAUGGAUUUGUGACCAGAGAUGACAUGACAAGAGGUAAAUGGUGAUAUAUGCCAAUGGUGACACAUGUGCUUCAAGAGUAAUGAUGGGGGUACAAUAACAACGUUUUUUUUUUUUUUUUUUUUUUUUUUGCGGUACGUGGGCCUCUCACUGUUGUGGCCUCUCCCGUCGCGGAGCACAGGCUCCGGACGCGCAGGCUCAGCGGCCAUGGCUCACGGGCCCAGCCGGUCCGCGGCAUGUGGGAUCUUCCCGGACCGGGGCACGAACCCAUGUCCCCUGCAUCGGCAGGCGGACUCUCAACCACUGCACCACCAGGGAAGCCCAAUAACAACGUUUUAUAGGCUGAGAUGUAUGUUGGGUGUUGGUGGGGGAGAGAGAGAAUGAAGAAAUUUGCCAAUACUUAGUAGGAGCCUGUUCUGAGCCAGUUGAUAUAGGAACUCUACCUUAUUUAAUCCAUACCACAGUCCUCUGAGAUUGGUUCUGAUAUCCUUGCUUUGCAGAAGAGUAAUGAGAGAUGAAUUGCCUUUCUUUACUUCUUACAGCUCAUAAGUGUGGGACUGGGAGUAACUCUUGGGAAGGUGGAAGAAUCAUAGAUUGGUCUAUAUUAGAAGAAUGUUUUUAUGAUAGAAAAUGUAUAACAGUGGACAGGAAGUCAGUACUGAGCCUGAUACAGUAGGCUUCAAUACAGGUUUGUUGAAUUAAUAUAUGUUUUUAGAGGUAUUUCAUUUUCUAAACUUACUUUUCCAUAGGCCCCAUUUAUUCCACAUUCUUUUGAUUAUUUUUUCCCCACUGAAGCUUGAAUAUUGAUCCCUGGACAAGAUGACAGAUUUGUCAUCUUCCUCCUUCUUUUCUGAUUUGGGGCUGCUACUGUAUUUGGAGGAGCUAAACAAAGAGGAAUUAAAUAGAUUCAAGUCACUCCUAAAGAAUGAGACCACGGAACCUGGAUCCUGCAGGAUACCCUUGUCUGAAGUGAAGAAGGCCAAGCGGGAGGAUUUGGCUAACUUGAUGAACAAGUACCAUCCAGGAGAGCAGGCCUGGGGGGUGGCUCUCAAAAUCUUUGGCAAGAUGAACCUAAAGGAUCUGUGUGAGAGAGCAAACGCAGAGAUCAACUGGACAGCCCAGACGAGACCAGAGGACACUGGGGCCAGAGAGGUACAAGGUGAUCAGGAAGCAGUGCUGGGUGACGGAGCAGAAUACAGAGUUCAAAUAAGGGAAACAUUUUGCAUCAUGUUAGAUAAGAACCAUUUGCUUGGAGAAUCUGAAAACUUCUGUCAUGAAAUUGCUCAGGAAGGCCGAGAACUGUUGGAACGUUUGUUUGAUGAGGAUGUCAGAACAGCUUGGAAUCAGUCCUGCGACCUAACUACGGUUUGUUGCCGAAAUAUCUCUAAGGCUCUCAUCAGAAGCCAAAGCUUGUUAUCUCUGAAUCCAUCAACGAAUAAUCUCUUGGAUGACAGAGUGAAGAUGUCGUGUGAGGCCUUAAUGCAUCCAACGUGUAACCUAGAGAGAUUAUCCUUAGAAAGCUGUGGGCUCACGGUAGCUGGUUGUGAGGAUCUCUCUUUGGCUCUCAUCAGCAGUAAAAGGCUGACACGUUUAUGCUUGGUGGACAGUGUCUUGGGAGAUAGUGGAGUAAAGCUUAUGAGUGAUGCCUUGAAACAUGCAGAGUGCACUCUACAGAGCCUUGUGCUGAGGCAUUGCCAUUUCACUUCACCCAGCAGUGAAUCUCUCUCAACCUCCCUCCUGCGCAACAAGAGCCUGACGCAUCUGGAUCUGGGGUCAAACUGCCUACAAGAUAAUGGAGUAAAGCUUCUGUGUGAUGUCUUUCGGCAUCCAGGCUGCAGUCUCCAAGACCUGGAAGUGAUGGGCUGUGUUCUCAUUAGUGCAUGUUGUCUGGAUCUGUCUUCUGCUAUUUUGAACAACCCAAACCUGAAGAGCCUGGACCUUGGGAACAAUGACCUGCAGGAUGAUGGAGUAAGAAUUCUGUUUGAGGCUUUGAGACAUCCAAACUGCAAUAUUCAGAGGCUUGGUUUAUUCUGUUGCCCAUUGGAAGCCAUUGAAACUUCUGAAAACAGGAGUGGUGAUCUGAGCUGCACUUGACUAUUAUAUCCCUGGCAUCUGUGAAAGAUGGACUGCAGAGAAAGGUUGGAGGCAGAGGGCCAUCCUGUACAUGCUAAGCAGAAGCUAUGGUCCUGUCUUCAUGGUGUGCUGAGCUCAGAGGAAGACGUGAAAUGAUUUGCAUAAGGAGAUUCAUUGACAAGAAAACUGCUAGAGUCCAAACUUGAGGCCCAGGACUGGAAAUGAAACAAAGGGCCCCCCAACAGGAGCUCUCCAUGGGACUGUGAGAUCCCACAAGGUAGGAACCUGAUCUUAUACAUUUCCAAAGCUCACAGCGGCUGACACCGUCAUCAUUAUCCAGGAGGUGUGCAAUUCAUCAGCCUAAAGUGAUCUGAAAUA